AUUUGACCUAAUUAUAACUGGUCCCUAAUAUACGACCUUCACUUUAUGAUUGUGACCUACGCAGUGACACGAUAAAAAUACAAACAUGGCUGAAUAAGAUUUGACAUUUUUGCAGAAAGGAAUACACUCAAGCAAAAUGUCAGCAGCUAGGUGUGGUAGAUUUGCUCUUGGUCAUGUCCGAGCCAGACCUCAAGUACGAUCAAGUGUGAAUCAUGUAAGACUCUUAUCUCCCGCUACCCAGGAGUAUUAUAAACCUCUUCCCCGUUACGCUAUACAGAGACGUUAUCUCAGCAGUACUACAGAUGGUGGAGAUGGAGGUGAUUCAAAACCACCCAAAAUAACGGGAGAUAACUCUAAAGGUGGUAAUGGAGGAAAGAAAGGUUCAGGCAAUAAUCUUCGAUGUCCUACUUGUGGCGAUCCCUGUGCUCAUGUUGAAACAUUUGUUUCAUCAACCCGGUUUGUAAGAUGUGAGAAAUGUCACCAUUUUUUCAGUGUUUUAUCCGAAUCUGAUUAUAGAAAAACUUAUAAAGAUAAAAACAGUCAAGAUAAACGUCUGCCUCCCCCUCCAAAAAAGAUAUAUGAUUAUUUAAACAAGUAUGUAGUAGGUCAGGAACAUGCGAAGAAAGUUCUGUCUGUAGCGGUUUAUAAUCAUUAUAAACGUAUAUAUCACAAUCUACCCACUAGUUCUAAUAAUAGCCAAGCGAAAAAUACUGAAAUUACUCUACCUGAUCCUAACAGACAUUAUCCAACUUAUUUCUCUCCUAGAGACACGUUACAGAUAGCUGUAAGUGGUAGUCCUCUUGGUCCAAGUCUUCAGCAACAACAACAACAGCAACAACAGCAGGAUGAAACCCCACGAAGAUCAGAUAUACUCGAAGCUAAGACACAUGAUUUAAGAUUAGAGAAAAGUAACAUAUUGAUGUUAGGUCCUACUGGGUCAGGUAAAACUCUAUUAGCCCAGACAUUAGCCAAGUGUUUAGAUGUUCCAUUAGCUAUCUGUGAUUGUACGACCUUGACCCAGGCUGGUUAUGUUGGUGAAGAUGUAGAUUCCGUCGUUGCUAAACUUCUACAAGACAGUAAUAAUAAUGUAGAGAAAGCCCAACAAGGUAUUAUAUUUCUAGAUGAGAUAGAUAAAAUAGGAAGUGUUCCAGGUGUUUAUCAUUUAAAAGACGUUGGUGGAGAAGGCGUUCAACAGGGACUGUUAAAACUGUUGGAAGGAACAAUCGCCAAUGUUCCAGAAAAAAAAUCCCGUAAGUUAGGAGGGGAGACGAUUCAGGUUGAUACAACCAAUAUCCUGUUUAUAGUAUCCGGAGCUUUUAAUGGUCUGGAUAAAAUAGUCAGCAGACGGAAAAACAAAAAGUAUUUAGGUUUUGGUGCUGAAUCAACAACUGAGAAUAGGAGAGCCACAUCUGCAGCUGACGUGAAGAAACAGGCUGCUGAGAUCGAUAGUGCUGCUGCUGAAAACGAAGAAAGAGACACCCUCUUACGUCAAGUGGAAGCCACGGAUCUCAUAGAGUUCGGAAUGAUACCCGAGUUCGUUGGAAGAAUUCCUAUCAUCACACCCUUCCAUAAUCUGUCGGAGUCCAUGUUAGUACAGAUUUUAACAGAACCAAAUAAUGCAUUGAUACCACAAUACCAGGCCUUGUUUAGUAUGGAUAAGUCUCAUUUAGAGGUUAAAACAGAGGCUUUACAGGCCAUAGCUAGACUGGCUUUAGACAGAAAAACUGGUGCAAGAGGUCUUCGUGGUAUACUGGAAAAUAUAUUAUUGGAUGCUAUGUUUGAUGUACCUGGUUCUGAUAUAACAUCAGUUGUCGUAGAUGUGGAUUGUGUCGAGGGUAAAAAACCACCAGAAUAUAUCCGUUCAGUCGAUGACGUUCCUUAUUUCGAAGAUGACGUUAAAAUGCAGAAUUAAAUUAACAAUAGUAGUGAACAAUUAAUCUCGGUUAUAAACAUUUAUCUUUUAGUGAUACAAUGUUAAAAAGUUUCGUGGAUACAAUCACAGAUAUUUUCUUUGACAUCUUGGAACUCCACCAGAUCUAGGUUUCAAAUUUUUUUCAUUGAUUGAUUGAUUAAUGUGUGGAUGGAUUAUCGACCUGUCUUAUUUUCGUAAUUAGCCACAGUCAAGUUAAAGUCAGGAAUGGAGUUUUUACAUGUCGUCAACACAACACUUAGGUCAUUUUCAGACUGACAAGUUAUUUUAGAAUUGUCACAAGGAGAGAAUUUGGCCCAGACAGCAGCAAUUCGACCUAUUUGUUUUCUUUUACAUGUAUUCGAGUAGGUUCAUGAGUGAUCCUUGGUUUUUUUGGUCUAUCCAAACAACUAGGCACACUUUGCCUGUCAGCUCUGCAGGUGUCUGUUUAAUGUUAGACUACAAUUCCAUUUGUUUUCUGUUUUUUGUUUCUUGACCUUGUUGACGUGGACGUUAUAAUACCAUCUAACAACAGCUCUAAAGAUGAAUUAUUUAAGAUAUUGAUAAAGAGCGGGAUGUUCUUGCUAUAAUAAUGCAUUAUGUAAGAUUUUGAUAAAGAGCUGGACGUUUUUGCUAUAAUAAUGCAAAUUAUUAAAAUAAAAUUGAACCAUGUGUUAGUCCUGAAAUGACAUAGUUUGAGUCGAACGGACAUUGAACUCCAUUUCUCUCUCUCUCUAUAACAAAAGACUUUAAGACUCAAAUCACAAGAUGUGAUAGAUUUAUAUUUUUUUUGUGCCUAAUUCUUUAUUUUUGUCAGAAGACUUCUGAAUAAGAUUGUUUAGGAAGUUUAUCAGUCUAUAUCAAUAGUUCAUAGGUACAGGUGCGAAUGAAAAAUCUUUUGAGAUUUACGAGUGUGAUGAAGAAGUAAAGAGAGUGUUAGAGAAAGCUCAAUCUGAUUAAAACACAGUUCUUAUUUCGUUUCGGUUUUUAUAGUUCACAAUUUCGUUUUACUUGUCUUUACUACACUAGGAUCUGAAAGAGUUGUUAUAUAACCCGGGUUCUGGAUGAUGUGAGGGAUUAGCCAAUGAAACGGUCUGUUACGGUGAGUUUUUGGCGUGAGGUGGACAGACAUCAAGAAAAAUCAACACAGAUUGGUUAAUCAAAUGUUUGACGUCAUAGGAUAAAAAGCUACUUGUAUGACCUCUGACGCGACCUUCCACUGCAACCGGUCAGAUCUUCAUGUAGUAGAGGCCAUCGAAAGUAUAAAACAAUGAAAUAUAGAUCUGUAUUUUAAUGAGAUAGGAGAAAGCUAUUAUAAUAAGAGUAUAUUAAAUUAUAUUGAUGUAUAUUUCACCAUCUAUAGUAAUCUUUUAAACUUAACUUUGUAUAUAUUUAUUUUUGUUUUAGUCUAAGAAAUGUCAUAUCUUUGACAUCAAAAUCUGGGUGGUUGGAUGGCCUUUUGUGGAAUAUUCUAAAAAGUCUUAAUGUUGUAUCUUUAAGAUAAAAACUGACCAACAAGUACAUAUGUGUCAAAUAUUCUAAACAAUUUAAAGAUACAUUAUGGGAGAUUAGAUAAAGAGCUGGUAGUUCUCACUGUAAUAGUUAAAAACUAGAUAAUGUAAAAGGAAUUUGCUGAAAAUUUCAGUCAAAUUGAUCCACUCUGAAAUGACAAUUUAACGAAUGAAUUUUGUUCCUAGCCUCGAUCAUCAUUACUAAAGUCAGUACAAUAAAAACACAUAGUCUCGAUUAUAAAAUUAUAAAUUCAACUAUAUAAAAUAGAGUUACCUCCCUUUGAGCAAAUGGGCAAUGUUUUCAAAGUUAUUUGACAAGAAACAUUUAACCAUGCAUGAGUCAAAUAUUAUGCCUAACGUCUAGCCGUCGCACAUAUUUAGAUGAAUAUAGCAAUAUUAUAUUAAAGAUAUAUUUUUUCUUAUGGAAUUUCAGUGUGAGGUUUAUACUACUAUUAUUAUUAUUAUGCACGUCAUGUGUUAUUUCAUUGUGUUCCUAAUCUAUAAAAACAAUUAUAUGAUUUUCAAAUUUUAAUUCAUCUACAUUAUGGUAUACUUUAAUGCCUAGAUCCAAGGGCGUGGAUUUGUCAUAACUUUUUGGGGGGACGGACGAACCCUGGAACCUUUCAUUACCAAACCAAAAUAAUAAUUACGAACAGUUUACCAGUGUUAUUUCGAUGAAAGCUGUAACUAGGGGUAAUAUGAUGACGAUAUGGUAAAAUUGACUACCUACAAUUAAGAAGGAAGAUAUCGUGAAGAUGAAUUACUGUGGCGAGACCCAAGGCAGUGGUUAGAUACCCUUCAGAAUGGGACAUUCAUGUGGAUAUAAACCUGAAAAUCUGUCCUUGCGAUCAAAAUCAUGGGGGGGGGCAGAGACCUAUUCGUCCCCCCUUCCGAUUCUAAGGGGGGUGGGGGGUGGACCCGCCCCCCCCCCCCUAAAUCCACGCCCAUGCCUAGAUCUAGAAAAUAAUUGAAUGAUUUUCAAAUUUUAAUUCAUCUACAUUACGUUAUACUUUAAUACCUAGAUUUGAUUAAGUUUUCAUUAAAGAUAUGAUUAUCUGUCCAACCUUAUAUAUGUAAACCCUCUUAGUUCACAGAAUGUAGUAUACUGCCCAUAAAUUAACCAAAGUCAAGGGAACAAAAUCUUUUAGGAAAAUUUAUAAUAUAUAUUUUGAGUGUUUGUUUAAUAUUCUUGAAAAUAUACAGAGAAACCACCACGAUGAUUGAGUCUCGAUUUCCAUUUUGGAAAUGAGCAAAAACUCUCUAUUGCACCCCAAAUAGAAUGCCCUCCCUCGCCCAUAUACCUUUAUAGUUGGGUGCCCAUAUGUCUAUAUAGUUGAUAUGAUUGAUACACCUAUUGACAGUGAUUAUAGUUGAUAUAACUGGCUGUCCAUACACUUAUAUAGUUGAUAUGAUAAUUGGCUGCCCAUAUGUCUAUAUAAUUGAUACAACUGGAUGCCCAUACACCUAUAUAGUUGAUAUGAUAAUUGGCUGCCCAUACACCUAUAUAGUUGAUAUAAGAUAAAUGUAAUAUAAAAUGUAAAUAUAUUAUAGUAUAUGAUAAAACAAACUGGUAUUAAAUGUUUAUGAAUGUAAACAGAUGAAAAUAAACAUGUUCAAAUGUUA